AUGUUUUUUCAAAAGUCUCAUUCUCUGAACUCAAUCUCCCGACGUUUGAGAGAUUUGGACUUCUCCAUUGUUUCAACUCGAAGGUUAUUAAAUACGGACACCUCUCACUCUGAUUCUGUUCAGACACACGUUUUAUCUGGUCCUAAGUGUCCCGACAAAGCCAAAACGAUCCUUCGUCGGAUGCUGUCGGAAAAGAAACUCCACAGCUCUCAGGUAGAAAGAAAGAAACGGCAAGCAGACAAGGCAUUACAAGGUCUAUGCAUCACAGGGAGAUUAAAAGAAGCGGUUGGACUAUUAUGGCGUAUCAACAAGUCAAAACUCGAGGCAGACACUUACUCUAUACUCUUACAAGAAUGCAUACAAAGGCGCCAAUACAAAAAAGGAAAACGAGUACACGCCCACAUGGUUGUUAAAGGGUUUGCUCCUAAUGAUUAUUUAAAAGUAAAGUUGUUGAUACUCUACGCCUUAUCAGGAGAUCUCCAAACAGGUGGGAUUCUCUUCCGUGGUUUGCAAGUUAAAAGUUUGAUCCCUAGGAACGCAAUGAUCUCAGGGUGUGUUAAAAAGGGUUUUGAACAAGAAGGGCUUUUUAUGUAUUACGAUAUGAGAUACUGUCGUAUAGUUCCGGAUCAGUAUACUUUCUCCUCGGUGUUUAGAGCGUGUUCAGCGUUAGCGUCGUUGUGUCACGGGAUGAGAGCUCAUGCUGUGAUGAUAAAGUGUUGUCUUAAGUCGAAUAUUAGAGUUAAUAGUGCUCUUGGUUAUAUGUAUGUCAAGUGUAGUAGUGUCUCUGAUGGGUACAGAGUGUUUGAUCAGUUUGAUGUUAGGAACGUGGUGGCGUGGACUUCGUUGAUGUCUGGAUAUGGGUAUCAUGGGCAAGUUAAGGAGGUGUUGAAGUGCUUUGAGAAGAUGAAGGGAGAAGGGUGUAGACCGAACUCUGUUACGUUUUUGGUGGUUUUAACUGCUUGUAGCCAUGGGGGUUUGGUUGAUGAAGGUUGGGAGUGUUUUGAUUCCAUGAAGAGAGAUUACGGGAUUGAGCCUGAGGGACAACACUAUGCAGCUAUGGUUGAUAUCUUGGGGCGUGCUGGUAGGGUACAAGAGGCGUAUGAGUUUGUAAUGAAGUCACCGUGCAAGAAACAUGCUCCGGUUUGGGGUUCUUUACUUGGGGCGUGCAGGAAUCAUGGGAAUGUGAAGCUGUUAGAGCUCGCAGCUAGGGAAUAUUUCGAGUUGGAUCCAACGAACGGUGGGAAUUACGUGGUGUUGGCCAAUGGAUACGCGAGUUGUGGAAUGUUGGAGGCUGCAUCAAAGGUUAGGAGGAGAAUGGAGGAUGCAGGUGUUAAGAAAGAUCCAGGUUAUAGCCAGAUUGAGUUGCAAGAUCAGGUUCAUAUGUUCAUGAUGAAUGACACGUCUCAUAGACUCUCUGGAAAGAUACACAAGAAGGUCCAAGAGAUGGCUUCUCUCUUCAUGGAGGAUGUUGACUACUAUCCAUUUGACUUGGACACUAGUUGUCCUCUUUGAUAGAUUGGUAUGUCAUCUUAUCUUUGAUUAUGUGACCAAAACAACUUCCAGUGCUAGGCUCCUGAAAAUCUGUUGUGGUUCAGACGCAAUAAUUGGUUUUGAUGGCUAGCAAACUAUUUGGUUGGGAGCAUUAAGUUUAUGGGUUUAGCUGGAGACUGCGGUAGUUAAGAUAGAUCCAUGAGCACAUAAAUCCAGUGUAGAGCAUAGCAUCUUUUUUUUUUUUUUGAUACUUCAAUUUAUCAAACAAAAGAAAGGGGGGAAUUUACAGCGUAGAGUCUUGUCUAUCCAUUGUUUGUGUAAAUUUUCCUUCGAAAUUCCGUGGUAGUAAUAAAUGGUCAUAAUGGGUUCAAAUUAGUUUCACAACAACAAACGCUGAUAUACUGUGAGAAGAAGAACUUGUCUUUUUGGUUCAUUAGAUUAC